ACGCGCCGCACACUUUCCGGUUCCGGCGGCGCCGUGAGGAGGUAUGGGGCGCGCGGCACCCCGCCCUGGCCCGGCUGCGGCGCAGAUAACGAAGAAAGCAACGAAAGCAACGAAAAUAAAGAAAAUAAACAAAACAAACAAAACAACGAAAGUAAAAAAAAUGAAGAACGUAAAGAAAAUGAGGCGAACGAAGCUAGCAGCGAGGGGGCAGCAGCCAAGCGCGGUGGCGCCGGCUGAGCGGGCCGCGGCUGUGCAGGCAGCGGCGGAGGCCGCUCGCCGCGCCUGGCACCGGGAGGUGCUUGGCUGCCCGUCGGGCGCCGAGCGGGAGCUGGAGGAGCUGGUGUUCGGCGCUAGUCUCGGUGUGGAGGAGGAGGAGCUGCUGCAGCGCCUGGCUGACCCUCCGCGGUUUAAUGCCACAGAGAGCAGAGGUUUCCAGAGAGACUCUAGUGAUUCGGAAGUAGAAAACGAAGCAAAAAGUAAAUUCGUCUCUAAAAAGCCAGUCUGGGUGGAUGAAGAUGAUGAAGCUGAUGAAAAUGUUGAUAUGACCCAUAAGUAUCGGAAAGAUUUCAUGAAAAGUGAUGCUGAGAAGACACUUACGAAGAAAAAGCUAAAGCAGAGACUUGAAGAACAGUUUCAGCGAGCUAUGGGAGGAGUUCCUGCCUGGGCUGACUUAGAAAACAGGAAGAAAUCCAAAAGGACUGCAAGUGACAGUGACAGUGAUGAAGAUGAUGAUCUGCUCUGCAAGACUGGCACUUUCAUAUCAAACUCAGAGUCCUUGCCGAGAGGUAUUUUGAAGAUUAGCACCUGCUUGCCCGCUAAUCAGGAACGUUUUGCUGAUGGAAGACUGGCGACAGUGCAGUUUCAUCCCUCUGCUCAAGUAGUCAUGACUGCUGGACAUGAUCGAUCUGUGUCACUCUUUCAGGUUGAUGGUAUAAGGAAUCCAAGAAUACAGAGCAUCUAUUUGAAGAGUUUUCCAAUUUAUAAGGCUUGUUUCAGUGUUGAUGGAGAACAAGUUGUAGCCACUGGGACUCACCAUAACAUGUUCUUUGUGUAUGACAUGAUGAGUGGAAGUAUUAUUCCCGUACAGAAAGUAAGAGGUGUGGAGGAAAGAUUUCUCAAAAGCUUUGAACUCUCUCCAGAUGGAUCUUUUAUGCUUCUAACUGGAACUUCAGGUUAUCUUCACUUGUUGUCAAUGAAGACAAAGGAACUGAUUAGCACUAUGAAGGUAAACGGAAGAUGCACUGCAUCUGCUUUCACUCCAGACAGCAGUAAAAUAUAUAGCUAUUCAAAGGAAGGUGAAGUUUUCAUUUGGGAUGUGAGAAGCAGAAAGUGUCUGCACAAAUUUGAAGAUGAAGGUUGUCUGGAAGGAAAGUGCAUUGCUGUUUCAAAAAAUAACCAGUAUGUGGCAUGUGGUUCGGCUUCUGGAGUUGUAAAUUUAUAUACUACUGAUGUCUGCCUCAGAGAAAAACAUCCUAAACCAGUUAAAGCCAUAAUGAACCUCGUUACAUCUGCUACAUGUGUGACCUUCAAUCCCACCACAGAAAUCUUGGCAGUGGCUUCCCGUGAAACUGAUGAGGCUGUCAAGUUGGUACACAUUCCUUCAUAUACUGUAUUCUCAAACUUCCCGGUGUUCAGAAGAAAACAGAUUUAUCUUGCGCAAUCUAUGGACUUUUCUCCCAGAAGUGGUUUUUUCUCUGUAGCAAAUAACAAAGGCAAAGCUUUGUUAUUUAGGCUGAAACAUUAUUCAGAUUUUUAAAAGAAGAUACAGGAGAUAGGGGACCGGUAACUCAGGUGUUGUAACCUGCAGAUGCGAGUAGACUGACAAAAUCAAACAAGCUUUUUUAUUUUAUACAGAAGCUCUAAAAUCCUAAUAUAACUUCUGUGGUUUUGAAUGUUGUUCUUAAUAAAUGCACCCGAUAAGUUUCCAGGCAAGUUGUUCCAA